AUUGGCCUGUUCAAAAUGUACAAUGCGAAUGCGUACUAGCAGGCAUAAGGGUGCAGCUGGUUUAAUAAUAUUGAAUCUAUUACUAACUGGAAGUUUUACCAGGCUAUACUGUGUCGUAAAAUUACCUAUCACAGUUCGAGCAAUGGCGGAAUAUUUUAACGUUGACGAAAAACGCUUUCUUCUUGCAUAUAGUGCUAAAGCUAAUAACAUUACAGAUACUAUAUUUAAUGGCAUAUUGGAUCAUAUUUAUUAUAAUGUGAUAUUUAAUAAAGUCGGGACUAUUGAUAUUGUCUUAAAAGUGAUCAAGGAACUUAAAUUGGAUCUCUGGUCUAUGUUCAAGGAAAAACUUCCAGAAGAAAAAGGCUUUUCUCACGGUAGUCUUUUAAGAAAUCCCGAAGCAUUCAUCAGAAUAACAGAAGCAGGAGCCUCUAACGGAUCAUCAAAAGCAAUUCACCCAGUAUAUCUGUGGCUCUUCCUUGUAAAGUUUUUAAAUUAUGAAGACUACGCUACGUGGAUGAGAAAUUGGAAUGUUAUUUCUAGAGAUCCUCUCAACUUCCGUGCACUUCAGCUUCUGAAUGUAUAUAUGAGGUUCAAUUGCAUCCCCUAUAAAUCAGCAGAGCUCGAAAUGGCCGUGCGAGUGCUCUGGAGCUCCAUCCCAGAUCCACUUUUGACGUCGACCGAUGUUUUUAGGCUUUUUGAAGAGAUCGAUCUUAUACGUUAUCAGAAGGUGAACAACAUAUGGCAAUGGUACUGCAAUCUAGUGAAUUAUGAAGGAACUUCUGUAAGGCGUCCAAGAUCUCUUAAGCACCUUUCAAGAUGCUUCAUCAGAAACCGAUUAAGAGUCAACUUUAAGUUGCCCGAAGGAGUGGAGGAACUAGGCAUUCCCAAACAUGUCCAGAAGUAUUUACUUUUGAGAGAUUUUUACAAGAUAGAAUGAAUCAAGGAAUCAUUUUUUUUCAAAGUAUUUCAUGAAAGAAAGACUUGAUUAUUUUGAUUAUGAUUUCGAAAUAUUAAUGUCUCCUAUGAACUUCUUUACGAUAUUAUUUUCAAUGUUGCAAGCUUCACUGUUUAUAUUUCUUCGGCAUGUCAAUAAACGAUGUAAUCUGUGUGCACUUA